UUAGUUUUUCUUACUUUCACUGCAUUUAGGUAUUUGCCAAAAAUGAUAUUUUGUUUAUUAACAAAACUGAAAAUUAAAAGCGUUCGCGCGGGUCGCUGUUAGAAUGCGUGUGCGUCCAUCAGCCCUUGAAAGUCUAUGGUCCAAUAAAAGUCGCAAUUUGGGAAGUCAGCUCUGCUCUUAUUAGGUCGAAGCUCGUUGCCAUGGCAACUGAUGUGAGGAGAAUUCAAGAUUCCCAGCUAUCGAUGUAAAUACUUUUGUUAAGAACAGUUUUGUGAUUCUCUUUUAAACAUUUUCCUCAAAUGGAUAUUUUCAAACAGUUGAUGACAGAAUGCCAACAAGAUGAUCAGUGUGUGGAUUUGCGGAGAAGUAUGUUAAAGGAAAUACCUACUGAAAUCUACUCAAAAAACAGCGAAAACAUACAGUUUUUGUAUUUGGAAGAGAACGAAAUUGCUGUUUUACCUGAUGAUUUCUUCCCUACUCUCAGACAUCUAAAAUGGCUAGAUAUGAGGAAUAACUUCCUGCAAUGUAUUCCUUCAACAAUAGCCAAUCAUGAAAAUCUGGAAACCUUGCUUCUGAAAAACAACAAAAUUGAAACUCUUCCUUUGGAGUUGGGGACGCUGGCGCGGCUGCGCGGGUUGCAGCUCCAGGGCAACCCGCUGCGCUUCCCGGCCGAGGCCGUGGUGCGCGCGGGCGCCGAGGCGGUGCUGCGCUGCCUGCGCGAGGAGGCUGCUGCGCGCGCCGCCCGCGGGCCCGUGCUCGCGCUGCCGCCGCCGCCCGUGCCAUCACCUCCCCCGCCACAGUCACCGCCGCCGCCGUCGCCACCGCGCCGCGCGCGCACA